AUGGAUACUCGUCGUCGUGAAAACAAGACGGAAGCAAGUAGUAGAGAGAAACGGAUUUAUGAGAAAGAUCAGAUGAAUCAAGAGUCUUUUAUCGAGGAAUUAGCAGAGGCGUUUCGAUUGCCAAUCACACACAGGGUCACUGAGAACGUUGAUCUGGAGGAUGUGGAGCAAGCUUCACUGGAUACGAUGAUAUCGUCGUCUAACGUCGGGUUUCGUCUCCUUCAGAAAAUGGGUUGGAAAGGAAAAGGUCUCGGAAAGCAAGAGCAAGGCAUAACAGAGCCGAUAAAGUCCGGAAUCAGGGAUCGGAGACUGGGUUUAGGAAAGCAAGAAGAAGACGACUACUUCACCGCGGAGGAGAACAUCCAGCGGAGGAGACUUGACAUCGAGAUUGAAGAGACUGAGGAGAUCGCAAAGAAACGGGAGGUCCUAGCAGAGCGUGAGCACAAGAUCCAGAGCGACGUCAAAGAAAUCCGCAAAGUCUUCUUUUGUGAGCUCUGCAGCAAACAGUAUAGAACGGUGAUGGAGUUUGAAGGUCACUUGAGCUCAUACGAUCACAACCAUAAGAAGAGAUUCAAAGAAAUGAAAGAAAUGCACGGUGCAAGCGGCCGUGAUGAUCGGAAGAAGCGUGAGCUGCAGCGUCAAGAGAGGGAGCUGACUAAAAUGGCUGAUGCUCGUAAACAACAGCAGAUGCAACAGAACCAACCAGAAAACCCAGAGAAUGUCUCAGUUCCGUCACCAGCUACAACCACGGUGGCACCACUUGCAGUCCAAGAUCAACGAAAAACAUUGAAGUUUGGCUUUUCUUCAAAAACCGGCACUGUAUCAAAGAGCCAACCCACAAGCAGCAACAAGAAGCCAAAAUUAGCGAUUGCAUCGGUGUUUGGCAACGAUAGCGACGAAGAUUAA